AUGGAUAUGCACUCUCAUACCACUCUCUGUCAAACGAAUGAUGAUGAUGAGUACUACGACUAUGAUAAUUAUGGUAUUCCAGUUGAAGGUGAGCUCGAUACCCUCGUAGGCGUUGCGGAUCUUGUUGACGUGUGCCUCUCUAGUGAUGACCUCAUUGGAGCUUGCGGCUUGGAUGU